GCCUACUUCACGACGCUGGCACCCCAGCCCGUAUCGCCUCGACAGCUGACUCCCCCGACCGCUACGUACCGAAGCGCUAUACCACCGAAUUCAUUCUUAAGCGCUAGCUUGAUAAUCAGUGAGGUCAGAGAGAAUGAUUAAAGGCGUGAACCGACCAGCCAUUUUCUAUGACUUGGUCGGGCUUGCGCACUCAGGCGUGGUAUCUGUGGGCAGAGAGAGCGAUUCUACUAUACGCCUCGACUGCCCGGAAGUCCCUUUCCUGCUCUCGCGCAAGCAUGCUAAAAUUUGCGUCAAUCCAGACGGCAGCCUUAUUCUGAAGGACAUCAACUCCACGAACGGCACCUACAUCGCUCGUGAAGGCGAAUUUCUCAGGCGGCUGCGGUCGGAUGAGGGCUGGGAGCUACGCCGCGGCGACCUGAUUGGCUUUGGCGGGCCGGAGACCAUUGUUGCGCGUAGCGAUGUGCCGGACGUCACCGUCGCCAACCCCUUCCUGUUCCGCUACACGCCGCUGGACGACGAUGCAGAUAGUGCGUUUAACUCGUCUGCAGAGCAGCAGCUGCUGGGCAACGGAGCGCAGGGUCGCGCACGGAAAUUCAGCGAAAUUGAAGACCGCUGCCAGCAAGAGGACAUGGACUGCGAGGUGGCGUCCACCAGCUCACCCGACAAAGAGAGCAAGAAGGCCAAGACGGCGGUGACAGCAAAGGACAUCGUGUCUAACCUAGCAAACCACCUAACGUGUGCCAUCUGCCACGACUGGCUCGCUGGUGCACAUGCGCUAACAUGCGGGCAUAUGUUCUGCGGCAUCUGCCUCGCGGGGUGGCUGGCACAAAAGCAAUCCUGCCCGGAGUGCCGGAAACCGAGUGCAGGUGUCCCUGUGAGGUGCCGCGGUGUCGACAACUCCAUCUCUGACAUCCUCCAACACAACCUGGUGUCGCCGAACUCAAAGCGUGAAAGGCGUCGGAAGCAGCUGGCGUGGGAGGAGGUCGGAGACGGUGUGCUUGAAAGCUGGACAAAUGCGAUGCAGCAGCGGCGGCAACAGGCUGUGAACGUAGCAUCGCAACACCUAGCAAACCUGACGGGGCAACCUGCACCUGCGCCGGUUGCUGCUGCACCACGACCAGACGGCGCCGUGGUUGGUCAGAACACGCGGCGGGCCAACCAAGGCGGCGCGCCGCCAGUCAACCGGCCAGCCCGGUGAUAACGCCUUGCUCGGUUGCAUGGGGCGGGCAGUAGGCAUCAGAACGCAUGAUUCCUGGGACUUCGCGCUGCACUGCAUCUCUCCUGCAGCUGGCGAAAGCAUUGUGCAGUAGACUGCACUGGUAGCGGAGUGCUGUCGAAACGCGAACGCGAAUGUGCGCGACACGAAGAGACGUUGUAGUCGCUAGCACGCAUAGAAGGCCGGUUAGCAGCACGGGUAGUAUUUGUUCAGGUAGUCAUGGUGUGCUGGAACGGAUACCGGACGGAGUUCACUUGCCACCUGCUGUACUUGCGUCAGUGCUCAUUGCAAAUGGAUACCACGCAAACAGGCUGGACGUGCGAACGAUGUGGGCCCACGCUGAUGACGCAAUGCAAAUUAUUGAAUGGUCUAGAGGCUGCCGUUGGCACUCCGUACUCCGAUGAAGCUGUGACCCUGUCCUGUAC